UUUGUAGCUUUUGUACACACACAAUAAAUGUAACCGAAUGAAGUAAAGGUAGUCAAAUAAACAAUGAAGUUGCUGUGCUGGGAGUUGUUUGGCUGCUCCGAGGCCGAUGUCCUGGGAAAUUCGGUAACGCUGACUGAGGACUCCACAACCCUGAGCAUGGUGAACCACAGCCAGGAUCAGGCGAUGCAGGGCUCCCUUGGCUGCUGCUCCCUCGACUGGCUGAAGCAGCUCCAGCAAUCCUCGUGCCCUCUGGUGAGGCUCUUGAUACUCGGAUUGCUGGUGCUGCCCCUUUACAAUGCGCUUUUGAUCGUGGUGGGGUGGCGCCUCAACUGCAGUGCCUCGAGCAGUGCGGAGCGCUUGGUGCUGGACAUCCGGGUGGCCAAAGCAGUGAAGCGGCGGGCUCCAUCGCCACCCUCGGCUCCCAAGCCCCCGCCUCGGAUUCGCAGACGUAGGCCUCCCACGAUCCCAGCUCCAUCCAGAAAGCUGCGCUCUCCAGAACUGCUCUCCAGCAGAGGGAAUCCCUUCGAGCUUUCGGAGGACCAGGCGGAUCAGUACAGGAACCUGAGGAACAACCUCCAACUUGUGCUGGAGGGCUUGCAGAAGCCUCAGCCUCCAGCGAAACCCCUCACUCCACCGGAACCUAUAUUUGUUCCCCCUGCGGAAGAAGAACCCCUCUCCGUGCCGGAACUGCUGACUCCGCCGGAAUCCCCCAGAAUGGAACCCCAGAAGCCACGCUCCAAGUUCCACGUCUUCAAGCGCCUCUGGCUGAGGUGGCGAUCCCGGCGCAGUCGCAAGAAACCCACCACUCCGGAGGCCAGCACCACCUCGUCCAACUGCUCGAGCACGGGAUCCAGCUGCUUCUACGUCUACUAAACCGAAUUCCAGACCGGAGAUCGGAGGUCAUCGCAGCUUUGCAUUCGUGUGAAUCCGAGCGAUAAUAUGCUAUAUUUUGUUACGAUUAAAUGCGUGCUGAGGUCAGCCUUGUUGGCCCGGCCCAUUGGGACCUUGAA